GUCAUUUGGCGCGAAGAAGUACACACGCCUGAGUUUCGCGUAAUUCAAUCUGGAAAAUGGCUCCAAAACGCCGGCGAACGACGGAGAGUGAAAACAAACCAGUAGUACCAAAUUGUUCUUCAAGGAUCACACGAGCUCGGAGUUCGUCGGUGAAGUUAAAUAAUUAUAAUUCGCCGGUGGUCGUCUUCGCUCACGGCGCUGGUGCUCCUUCAUCUUCUGAGUGGAUGAUUAGAUGGAAGAACUUGUUGGCGGAUGCACUAAAAGCUAUCGAAGUUGUAACUUUCGAUUAUCCAUACAUUGCCGGAAGAAAGCCUCCUCCCAAAGCAGAAAAACUAGUUGAAUUUCACACAGAUGUCGUUAAAAAGAUUGCUUCCAAAUACCCAAAACAUCCUCUUAUUUUGAUCGGAAAAUCCAUGGGUUCAAGAGUGAGUUGUAUGGUGGCUGCUGAGACUGAUCUCAAGGCUUCUGCUGUGGUUUGCCUUGGGUACCCUUUAAAGGGCACAAAAGGAGCCAUUCGAGAUGAACACCUAAUGCAACUUUCAGUUCCUACCAUGUUUGUACAGGGUACCAAAGAUGGGCUAUGUCCAUUGGGAUCUUUAGAAGGUGUUAGAAAGAAGAUGAAAGCUUUGAAUACAGUUUAUGUGGUUGAAAAUGGCGAUCACUCUUUCAAAAUUGGAAAGAAGAAUCUUGAAAUGGCGGGAAUCACUCAUGAAGAAGUAGAAAGACUUGCUGUUCAAGCAAUUGCAACAUUUGUUUCUCAAGUUACUGUUGCAAAGUGAUUACUAUUAAUUGCUAACCUUUUUUUUUGUUAGUAUAUUACGUUAUUGCCCUUGUAAGCUGUAAGUUGUAGACCCUAUCUUUUUGUGAAGUUUUUUACUUAUGGCGUAGACUUUAUUUGUACUGUAAAGUCGUCGUUUGUUUUGACAAUUUUGCCCUCCAUGAUAUGACAACUUUAGGCUC